UGGGCGGGGACUUGGUACAGGGCGGGGACUCGGUGCUGUGUCAUAGGAGUAGUAGGAACAAACGGCUAAGCAAGAGAGAACCGACGGCAUAUGAUGCCAAAGGAGGAGAUUAGGAAGCCGUUGUUGCGGGCCACUCAGCACCCAGAUGCCUCCAUGUCUGAUCCAGGAAGCCCAGUAGUUGGCAUUUUGGGCACGGGAGACUUUUCCCGUUCUCUGGCCCGCAGGCUCGUGACCUCGGGGUUCCCGGUGGUUGUGGGGAGUCGUAACCCCAAACGUUGCUCCUCGCUGUUCCCGGAGGACGUGGAGGUGACCAGCCAGCAUCAGGCCGCGUCACAGGCUGACCUGGUGUUCGUUGCCAUCCACCCCGAGCACUACUCUACCCUGGGUAGCCUGCGGGAGGCGCUAGCGGGUAAGGCCGUUGUGGAUGUUAGCAACAGCACCUGUCUGAACAGGGACGGCCCUUCUCAGGCCGAGCAGCUAGCCGCCAUGUUCCCAGAAUGCAGUGUGGUGAAGGGCUUCAACGUGAUCUCGGCCUGGACCCUGCAGACAGGCCCGCGCGACGGGAGCAGACAGGUGCUGAUAUGUGGAGACAGCAGCCAGGCUAAGAACUCCGUGUUCCACAUCUGUCGCAGCACAGGCUUCCACCCCGUAGACAUGGGCACCCUCUCGGCCGCCCGUGACAUCGAAAACACGCCCCUGCUCCUCUUUCCCUCCUGGUGCCUCCCCGCCCUCGCCACCCUCCUCCUCUUCCUCUUCUUCUACCUCUACAACUUCCUGCGGGACAUCCUCCACCCCUACCUCUUCGCUGGGAAGUACGUGUUCUACAAACUUCCCGUGGAGACGGUGAAUGUCACCUUCCCGUGUGUUGCCCUGGUGUUGCUGGCGCUGGUCUACGCUCCGGGCGUCCUGGCCGCCUUCCUGCAGCUGUCCCGGGGCACCAAGUACCGCCUCUUUCCUGCCUGGCUGGACGUCUGGCUGCGGAGCCGCAAGCAGCUGGGUCUGUGCAGCUUCCUGUGUGCCACCCUGCACGCCGUCUACAGCCUGUGUCUGCCCAUGAGGAAGUCGGCCCGCUACAAGCUGCUCAACGCUGCCUUCAAACAGGUGAAGGCAGGCCAGGAGGACUCUUGGGUGGAGCAGGAGGUCUGGAGGAUGGAGCUCUACCUGUCUGUAGGCAUCCUGGCUCUGGGUCUCCUCUCUCUGCUGGCCGCCACAUCCCUGCCCACCGUGGCCAACUCCCUGAACUGGAGGGAAUUCAGCUUUAUACAGUCCAGACUGGGCUACGCUGCCUUAGUCAUGGCCACCCUCCACACUCUGAUCUACGGUUGGGACCGGGGUUUGGACCCGGAGCAGUACCGCUUCUACCUACCCCCGCCCUUCCUGCUGGUGGCGGUGGUUCCCUGUGGGGUGCUGCUGGCCCGGCUGGGUCUGGCCCUGCCCUGCGUGGCCCGCAGGCUGGGGAGGAUCCGCCGGGGCUGGGAGGAGAAGCGCCACAUCCGCUUCACCCUGCCGGAGGAUGCCGGGAGAAGCUCCAUGGACGACGUCAGCGGAGUCUAAGACGGAUGGAUGAUUUAUAUGUAGACACACACACACACACAGGCACGCAAACACACAUGCUGGACCGUAGACACACGCUGUUAUGUUGACCACACACACACACACAUGCUGCUUUGUAGACACACACAUGCUGGCUGUAGGUACACGCACACGCACACACUCACACGUAGUUAAACAAAGAUAUACGCAGACACGUGCACAGGCAGACACACACACCCAAGCAGAAGUCAGGCGUGUAGAUGUAAGAGAUUCACUGUGUGAAUCAGAGGCAUCUCUGUAUCAGAGAGGACAUGAACAUCCCACCAGCAGCUCUCUAGGAUCACACUGACUUCCAUGCCGCCUGCUGUCUCAACAGAUGAUUGUCAUUUUCAGCACUUAUUUACAGUCAGCCUUCCAUCAUGUGGGUCACCUACUGAUGCUCAGCAGGAAACAUCCUGGUAACAAUAUCAUUUAGGAACAUUGUUUGUGUUUCUUAGUGUUUGCUUCUGUUUUCCUGUUAGCUGCAGUCCAUGACAUCUCUGGUUAACAGGGUCUAAACAAUGCAUCCUACUGAUCAAAUUCUUUUUUGUCUUGUGUUAUAUCAUAAUUACGUAUUUUCUUAAAUCAGCGGAAAGCCUACGGAUAAAUCAUAAUUAUAGACCGGGGUGUAGAUUUGUCGAAGUUUGAGCUUGUUCUUUAGUGGUUGUAAUUAAUGCUUUGGCUCCAAGGUCUGCUUGUAAUGAGUCUAAAUCUCAGCUGGCUUCCUGGUUACCAUUGUCCGUUGCUAGGGGUGGGACAGGUCAACCUCGGAGACAAAAUUGUAGAAUGAAUGCGUUCUCUAACCUAAGCUGGUAAUUUGAAAAUAUGUUAUUUGUUUUAAAACAGCUGAAGACUCAUUUUAGUCUAUUCAUGCACUAGUUCUUUUUUAGGAUGUUAUUUUUGCCAAAUAUAACGUCAGGUCCAGUCUUUGCUGGCCUGCUUGCCUUCAGUAGCUGCAUACGUGUCUGUCUGAUCUGUAAAGUAUGUUAUUUAAAGAGUAUUUUAUAAGAUGAAGACAUUUUACCAAACUGUGAUGCAACGAUACAUGUAAGAAAACGCUAAUUAUUUUAAAUUCAUUGACUGUUACUUCCUUGUGUGUUGUAUGUGUUUCCACCUGGCUUGUUAUCAAGUCUUUCCCAAAGAAAUCCAGAAAAUUUCUUAAAAUGCCAUCAGAUAAUUUACAUUAUGCUUGAAGAAUAAACACUGUUUUUCACAACUUACCCCGCUGUUGAGUUUUGCUGUCUAGAUCAACAGGUAUUUCACAAGACUGUUGAAUAAAGCAGGUUAUUACUGCGUUUUGACACCC